AGACACGGAGGACAAGUUUCGUUUGUCUGGUCUUUUUAACCUGUGACAACUCUUUCCCUCCCCGUCGUCUGUAGCUGCCAGGCGCAGCCCGUGGAAGCGAGGGUUCGGCGGCAGCCUCCCCGCCUGGCGCCCACGCUUCGCCCGCGCCGCGCCGGGAAGAAGCCGGCCCUGCUCCGCCCGGUGCCUCCGCAACCCCGCGCCCGCGAAGCAAGGAGAAAACCUGGGCCUUGAAGAGUUCCCGGGGAGCCCGAGCUACGGUGCUGCCGCGCCCACGGCCGCCCCGAGCCCCACCUCCCUGCACGGCCUUGGCUGGCCCUACCCCGGAGACCGGGUGCCCAGGGGUGCCUCCUCUCCCCCGCCGAUCCGAAGGAGUAUAAUAUGGAUUCAGAGCUCAAGGAUUAUUAUAACAAGACAUUUGCUGGUGAGAACAAUACUGCUUCCAUUCGGAAUUCUGAUUUCCCAGUCUGGGAUGACUAUAAAAGCAGUGUUGAUGACUUGCAGUAUUUUUUGAUUGGACUCUAUACACUUGUAAGUCUUCUUGGUUUUAUGGGGAAUCUACUUAUUUUGAUGGCUCUCAUGAGGAAACGAAAUCAGAAGACUACAGUCAACUUCCUCAUAGGGAACCUGGCCUUCUCCGAUAUCUUGGUUGUGCUGUUUUGCUCACCUUUCACACUGACCUCGGUCUUGCUGGAUCAGUGGAUGUUUGGCAGGGUCAUGUGUCACAUUAUGCCUUUCCUUCAAUGUGUGACGGUUCUGGUUUCCACUUUAAUUUUAAUAUCCAUCGCCAUUGUCAGGUAUCACAUGAUAAAACAUCCUGUAUCUAAUCAUUUAACGCCUAACCAUGGCUAUUUCCUGAUUGCCACUGUCUGGACACUGGGUUUUGCCAUGUGUUCACCUCUCCCAGUGUUUCACAGCCUCGUGGAACUUCAGGAGACCUUUGGCUCCGCAUUGCUGAGCAACAGGUAUCUAUGUGUCGAGUCAUGGCCAUCUGAUGCAUACCGAAUUGCUUUCACUAUCUCUUUAUUGCUUGUUCAGUAUAUUCUGCCCUUAGUUUGUCUAACUGUAAGUCAUACUAGUGUCUGCAGGAGUAUAAGCUGUGGAUUGUCCAACAAAGAAAACCAACUGGAAGAGAAAGAGAUGAUCAACUUAACUCUCCAUCCUUCCCAAAAGAGUGGGCCCCAAGUGAAGCUCCCCAGCAGCCAGAAGUGGAGCUACUCCUUCAUCAGGAAGCACAGAAGGCGGUACAGCAAGAAGACAGCCUGUGUGCUGCCUGCCCCAGCUAGGCCACCUCUGGAGAACCGCCCCGGAAGGCUUCCGGAGCACGCAGGCCCCAGGAAGAGUCCGCUCCCUUCAUCCAGUAAGUUCAUACCAGGGGUGCCCACCUGCUUUGAGGUGAAACCGGAAGAAAACUCAGAUGUUCAUGAGAUGAGAGUAAACCAGUCUAUCAUGAGAAUAAAAAAGAGAUCUCGAAGUGUUUUCUACAGACUGACUAUCUUGAUACUAGUGUUUGCGGUGAGCUGGAUGCCUCUACACCUUUUCCACGUGGUGACCGAUUUUAAUGAUAACCUGAUUUCAAACAGACAUUUCAAGUUGGUGUAUUGCAUAUGUCACUUGCUAGGCAUGAUGUCCUGUUGUCUUAAUCCAAUUCUGUAUGGAUUUCUUAAUAAUGGGAUCAAAGCUGACUUAAGGUCUCUUAUACACUGUCUGCAUAUGUCAUAAUUCUCAGUGUUUACUAAGGAGAAAAAAAAUGUGGUGAUCACCUAAAAUACAUUCAUAGUAACUAUGUAUUUAUAAUCAGCAAACUUUGUUAACAUGUGGAGUUUAUGUAUAAGAGCUGUGGAUUUGGAUGUCAGUUCAUAAUAUAUAGAAGAUAAUUUUAAUGUGUUAUAUAAGAUAAAUUCAUUUAGUUGUAUAAAGUCAUUGUCAAUCCAGUCUGUAAUUUCAUUUUAAAGAGUAUUUAUAUUACCUUCCAUUUCAGCUUGUCUGUAAACCAAUGAAUCGUUAG